AGAUAAGAAAGGCAAGGAGAGGGAGAGAGAGGAAUUGAAACGAGAACGUGACAGAUUGAGAGAUUUUCCAAUUCAGGCACUCAGGACCUGUGGAUGCUAUGCCAAUCUACGGGCUGAGGAUCAUAUAGUUCCCCCAAAGAUGAAUCCUUUAAUGGUUUGACUAGAGCAUACCAUAAAACGUGGCAAAAUGAAUCUUUUUCACCACUCCGAUUGUGACCUAGUUGACUCAUGGUGCAUGCUGGUCCAUGUGAUUUGACAAAGUCCAUUCGGACUCCAUGGAAGGGACUGGAGAUGUAAAUGCGGUCAUAGAAACUGUGGCACAACUCAAAGGAAAAGAGAUCAAUCCAUCCCUCCAACUAGAUAGCUGCAAUGCAGUGGAAUCGCCCACCAUGUUUGUCUCUCAGGAGAACGAUUGGGUGGAACCUGUUUCUUCAUUGAAUUUGCCAGAAGUAUUUACUGAGACUUUGGAGGGUAAGAUUCUAACCAGAUGCGUGGGUUCUGAUGCUGGGUCAGAACACCCGACUGCUUGCACAUUCAAUGAUUCUGGUGUUAUGGUUGAGGAGUUGACGCUGAAAAAUUACAAGGGAUCAGACUUAUCAAAUCUUGAUUGUUCAAAUAACCGAGAAGAAAUGCAAUUAGGGAAAGGCCAAUGGCAGAAUCUGUAUCAGUUGACUGGUGCUCCAUGGAAGAGGAAUUUGCAUGGGGAUGUGGUUUCCAAGGAACCAAUGCCUUCGGGUGGUGCAGAGGAUGUUGGAAAUAUGUUUCUGCCCAGGUUUUGUGUUCAGAGGCCUCUGCCCAAUAAGCAUCCAGAUGAUGAUCAUGCCCAUGUUUCCGAGCAUUUGAUUAACAGCGACAACUGCAAUGUCUUGAACAAUGCACUUGUCAGAGUUCGAGGAGGGAUCCGUACAAAGGUUCUUCCAGCAUCCGGCUUUUCUCAGUUUUUUGUCAAUAAUACUUUGAAAGGAAAGGGGGUUGUAUAUAGACAUUUCGGAACCCGAGAAGGAUCUGGUAUUCCUAAAAGGGGUCAGAAUAGUGAAAGGGCAAUUUAUGAGGCUGGGGUAGCUGCCAAUACAUCACCUUCUAGUGCAAAAGCUAAGGACUUGUCCACAUGCAGCAGUGCUGGGGCUGCUGUGGAUUUGGUUCAUCAUGGAAUCAGCUUAAGAGAAUGGCUUAAACCUGGGAAUCGCAGGACAAAUAAAGGUGAGAGCCUACGUAUAUUUAAGCAGAUAGUGGAGCUGGUGGAUCUUGCACACUCUCAAGGAAUUGCCUUAAAAGACAUACGGCCCUCUUGUUUCAUGAUAUUGCCAUCGGACAAAGUUAAAUAUGUUGGUUCUUGCAGCCCGCGAAUUGAGACAGAAUUGUCAGAGAGUGUUAUCAAUGGAGAUUCUCAUUACUCAAAGCAUCAUUCAAAAAGGAAAAUGGACUCAGAACAGGGUACGCACCCAAGCAUUAUUUUAUCGGCGAAGCGGCAGGAUCUCAGUGAGCAUGUAAAAUAUGCUGGCCAGCAUCCCAGAUUUUCUGCUGGAUAUGGCAUGAAACAUGAGAAGUUUGUGGAGGAUGAUACUAAAAGUUUUACAGCACAAAAUUCUGGUUGCAAUUUCGGGGAAGCACAAAACUUGGGUAAAGGACAUUGGACCAGAAACAUGCCUUGCAGUCCAAAUGUAUCAAAACCAAUGCACCAGCAGUUGAUGUCUGAAAGCCGGAGGUCAGAGGAGAGAUGGACCAGAUGGUAUAGCAGUCCAGAGGAGCUCAAUGAUGGGACCUAUACAUUGUCAUCAAAUAUCUACAGUCUUGGGGUUCUUCUGUUUGAGCUGUUCUGCUGUUUUGAAUCAUGGGAAAUGCAUGCUGCUGCAAUGUCUAACCUACAACAUCGGAUUCUUCCCCCGAAUUUUCUAUCAGAAAAUCCCAAGGAGGCUGGCUUCUGUCUCUGGCUGCUUCACCCAAAGCCUUCUUCUCGGCCAAAGACAAGGGAAAUCCUGCAAUCUGAAGUAAUAUGUGAAAACCGAGACUUGUCUUUUGGAGAUCAAUCUUCAUUACCCAUCGAUGAAGAGAAUGCUGAAUCAGAGUUGUUAUUGCAUUUCCUUACAUCCUUGAAAGAACAAAAGCAGAAUAAGGCAUCUAAGUUAGCUGAAGACCUUGAGUGCUUAAAAGCAGACAUUGAGGAGGCUGAAAAAAGGCAUUCAUUGAGAACUGAGAUUCUUUCUGGGUCAUAUAAGAAAGAUGUAUUGGCAAGUUUCUCUGAUAAAUGCCUUCAUAAUGGGCCUUUAUCCUUGGAGGUCCUCACUACCUCCUCAUCAAGGAUGGAUGAAGCAAGGUUGAUGAGGAAUAUCAGUCAGCUGGAAAGUGCAUACUUUUCUAUGAGAACCAUAAUUGGUCUCCCUGAGACCGACACUGCUGCACGCUCAGAUAAAGAUGUCCUAAAGAACCAACACAGAUGGUCUUCAAUUCAAAAUGACAAUGAAGACUGGUGCAUGAACAAGAAACCUACAGACCGGUUGGGAGCAUUUUUUGAAGGUAUAUGCAAGUAUGCUCGCUACAGUAAAUUCGAAGUACGAGGUGCUCUGAGGAAUGUAGAUCUUCUCAAUUCUGCUAAUGUUAUUUGCUCGUUGAGUUUUGACCGGGACGAGGACUUCUUUGCUGCUGCUGGGGUAUCAAAGAAGAUAAAGAUCUUUGAGUACAGUUCUCUCUUCAACGACACAGUUGAUAUUCAUUACCCAGUAGUUGAGAUGUCAAGCAGAUCAAAGCUUAGCUGUGUUUGCUGGAACAGCUACAUCAAGAAUUAUCUCGCUUCAACUGAUUAUGAUGGGGUUGUUCAGUUAUGGGAUGCUAGCACCGGUCAAGGGUUUUCACAAUACACAGAGCAUCAAAAGAGAGCUUGGUCUGUUGAUUUCUCGCAAGUGGACCCAACAAAGUUAGCCAGCGGAAGCGAUGACUGUUCUGUGAAACUUUGGAGCAUUAAUGAGAAAAACAGUAUCAGCAUGAUCAGAAAUGUUGCCAAUGCCUGCUGCGUUCAGUUCUCCCCUCACUCCAGUCAUUUAUUAGCCUUUGGAUCCGCUGAUUAUAAGGUCUACUGUUAUGAUCUCCGGCAUACAAGAAUCCCUUGGUGUACAUUGGCAGGUCAUGGGAAAGCUGUUAGUUAUGUGAAAUUCUUAGAUCCAUACACGGUUGUUUCUGCUUCCACUGACAAUACCCUUAAGCUUUGGGAUCUUAAUAACACCGUUUCUAGUGAGUUAUCCACCAGUGCUUGCAGCUUAACCUUGAGCGGUCAUAUGAAUGAGAAGGUUUGUAGUAUGCAAGCUGUCAAGCUGGUUUCUUUAUUUCUAAAUGUGCUUCUAGAUCUGGAGGAUUUAUCCAAAAAUGCUGGUCUCUCUAUUAACUACUGUCUUUUGUUUCCUCAGAAUUUUGUGGGUUUAUCUGUUUCUGACAGUUAUAUCGCAUGCGGUUCAGAGACUAAUGAGGUUUAUGCAUAUUAUAGAUCCCUCCCUAUGCCAGUAACUUCCCACAAGUUCGGCUCCAUCGAUCCUAUUUCUGGGCAAGAGACGGUCGAUGAUAAUGGACAGUUUGUAUCCAGUGUCUGUUGGAGAGGGAAGUCAAACAUGGUAGUUGCUGCAAACUCAAAUGGCACUAUCAAACUGUUGCAAAUGGUGUGAGAGAAGAACCGGAUUCUGUGGUUUGCAGGCCCCAGAAGAUCGCUGUUGCUUAUGCUGUGUCAUUCGGUACGGCUUCCUGUGUUUGGUCCAUAAGAGUGCCAAGCAAGAGCUGAGACAAAGAAGAGUGGAAAAUCCACUCGUUGUGAUGCUGAGCACUAAAAAUUAAUGCAAUAUUGUUGUCUUAUUUCAUCCCUGGGAUAUGGGAUCUUUAGGGAUCAUGUGGAAGAAGCAGCAUGGGAAGUAAUGUGGAAUCUUCAAAACCAGGGGCUGAACAUGUCUCCAGAGGUCCAGCUUGAAAUCAUCUAUGCUUGCUACUCACUGGAUGGCCUGGUGUUCACCUUCCAUGCAGAUUAUUGAAAAAUUCCGUACUUAGCUGCCAUCUCAAGAACAUAAAGAGAAGGCUAGAAACCAGCGGAUGCUUUCAAAAGUUCAGAAAGUCCCCGGGAGAGUCAGAACUCACAUCAAGCAAGUUGGUCAAUACCAAGGUUUGGAAGAUUAGAGCAGGUAGUCAGAAAUGCAGAACUCGUUAGGGCUACGUCAUUCUAUGCAUGAAAGGAGCCUGUGCAUGACUGUCUCGAGGAAUUGAUAUAUGGAGAUGCAUGGAAAUGCGCAGUUCUCGGGAUUUUCGCAAUUGGUUGGAAUUGUAACAAACAUGUCUUCCUGUUCGUGGAAGAUGUUUUCUAACUGCACAUCCAUGUUAAGAAGACUGAAUCACAACACUGUAACCAUCAACAGAUUCAAAAUUCAUAGAAUAUACCAAGGAGUAUUGUAUUGAAAAUUGAAGGUAAAGCUUGUUUUGUUCACUUUAUAUUUUGAAUCUGCCAAAAGGCCAUUCUGCAUCAAA